CACCUCUUGCGCUCGCGCAGUCCGUGACAUUGCGCCUGCUGUGUUUCACUAAACAUGAAAGGAAGGCGAAUGGCGGUCGCGGCUGCUGUCUAGGGGCCACGGAAGCUGGCCUCUUGGCCUGACCCUGUCCCCUUUCGUCCUGGCAGGUGAUGAAAAUGAUGGGGCUGAACAACGCGGUGCAUUGGGUGGCCUGGUUUAUCACAGGGUUUGUCCAGCUGUCCAUCUCCGUCACGGCGCUGACCGCCAUCCUCAAGUACGGGAAGGUUUUGAUGCACAGCGACGUCUUCAUCAUUUGGCUGUUCCUCGCCAUCUACGCCGUGGCCACCAUCAUGUUCUGGCGUACGGAUGGGAAUCGUAGUCCAAAACAUCUGGAGGGCCGAAGUUUGGGGAUGCCUGGUUUACAGGGUCCCACUUGGGGAGGAGCCCGCAAAGCUCUAGGGUCGGACUCGGCCCCCUUUGGAAGGCUAAAAACCCCAAUGUCGUUGUGUUCCUCCAGGAUGAUCGAAGACCUGGAGCUGACCCACAAGUGCCACUCCCUGGUGCAGACGCUGUCGGGGGGCAUGAAGAGGAAGCUGUCGGUGGCCAUCGCCUUUGUCGGGGGGUCCCGGGCCGUCAUCUUGGACGAGCCCACUGCCGGCGUGGACCUCUACGCGCGGAGAGCGAUUUGGGACCUCAUCCUCAAAUACAAGCAAGGAAGGACUAUCCUCCUCUCCACGCACCACAUGGAUGAGGCCGAUCUCUUAGGCGACCGCAUCGCCAUCAUCUCCAAUGGGAGGCUGAAGUGCUGUGGGUCCCCCCUCUUUCUGAAGAGCACCUACGGGGACGGGUACAAGCUUACCGUCGUCAAGAAGCAGUCGGACACCCGAGCCAAUGCCGACCCUGGGCAGACCCACAGCUCUCCCGGCCGGCCUCCCGCCAGCCCUUGCUCCGAAGCGCGAGUCACGCAGUUCAUCAAGAAGUAUGUCGCAUCCUGCCUGCUCAUCUCCAACACCAACACAGAGCUCUCCUACAUUCUCCCCAGCGAAGCGGUCAAGAAGGGCUGCUUUGAAAGGCUCUUCCAGCACCUGGAGCACAGUUUGGAUGACCUGGACCUGACCAGUUUUGGGCUGAUGGACACCACCCUGGAAGAGGUUUUCCUCAAGGUCUCCGAGGAAGACCAGUCUCUGGAGAACAGCGACGUCGACCCAGAGGUGGACCUGGAUGAGCAUGCGCUGGUGGGGCAGGGCAGCGUCAAGCUGGAAGGCUCUUGGCUCAAGUUGCGCCAGUUCCACGGGCUCAUCGUCAAGCGGUUCCACUGCGCCAAGCGGAACACCAAGGCUCUCUUCUCCCAGAUCCUGCUGCCCGCCUUCUUUGUCUGCGUAGCCAUGACGGUGGCGCUUUCCGUGCCGGAGAUAGGAUUCUACGAUCUCAGCAUGACUGAGAUUAUCCUGAGCAGUGCUGCUAUUUGUCACUGUCGUUGUUGGUACGGAGCGGUGACCUUUGGCAACCUCCUGAAGUCCAUCCCGGCGUCCUUUGGGGCCAAAGCUCCUCCCAUGGUGCAGAAGAUUGCUGUCCGGAGAGCCGCCCAGGUUUAUUACAACAACAAGGGCUACCACAGCAUGCCUACCUACCUCAACACCCUCAACAAUGCCAUUCUCCGUGCCAACCUGCCCAAGACCAGGGGGAAUCCUGCUGCCUAUGGUAUCACUCUGACCAACCACCCAAUGAACAAGACCAGCGCCAGCCUCUCGCUGGAUUACCUUAGCUGGUCCAUCACCCCCAUCAUGUACCCAGCAUCCUUCUGGUUUGAGGUGCCCAGUUCCGCUUACGUCUUCCUGAUCGUCAUCAACCUGUUCAUUGGCAUCACCGCCACCGUGGCCACAUUCCUGCUGCAGCUUUUUGAGCACGACAAGGACCUGAAAGUGGUGAACAGCUACUUAAAAAGCUGCUUCCUGAUUUUCCCAAACUACAACCUGGGCCAUGGGUUGAUGGAGAUGGCCUACAAUGAAUACAUCAACGAGUACUAUGCGAAGAUUGGGCAAUUUGACAAAAUGAAGUCACCAUUCGAGUGGGACAUCGUGACCAGGGGCUUGGUUGCCAUGACAAUCGAAGGCUUUGUGGGCUUCUUCAUCACCAUCAUGUGCCAGUAUAAUUUCUUCCGGAAACCACAACGCCUUCCUGUGUCGAGCAAACCUGUGGAGGACGAUGUGGACGUAGGGAAUGAGCGCCACCGAGUCUUGCGGGGAGAUGCUGACAACGACAUGCUGAAGAUCGAGAACCUCACCAAGGUCUACAAAUCCCGCAAGAUUGGGCGCAUCCUGGCCGUGGACCGGCUGUGUAUGGGCGUCCGCCCAGGAGAGUGUUUUGGUUUGCUGGGUGUCAAUGGGGCCGGGAAGACGACCACCUUCAAGAUGCUCACAGGGGACGAGAGCACCACUGGCGGGGAGGCCUUCAUCAAUGGACACAGCAUCUUGAAGGACAUUCUCCAGGUGCAGCAGAGCUUGGGCUACUGCCCCCAGUUCGACGCUCUCUUUGAUGAGUUGACUGCGCAGGAGCACCUGGAGCUGUACACCCGGCUGCGUGGCAUCCCAUGGAAGGAUGAGGAGCGGGUCGUGAAGUGGGCGCUAAAGAAGCUGGAGUUGGCCAAAUAUGCUAACAAACCCGCCAGCACCUACAGUGGCGGCAACAAGAGGAAGCUGUCGACCGCCAUUGCCCUGAUUGGCUACCCAGCCUUCAUUUUCCUGGAUGAACCAACCACUGGCAUGGAUCCAAAGGCCCGGCGUUUCCUGUGGAACCUUAUCCUGGACAUCAUCAAGACAGGCCGCUCAGUGGUUUUGACAUCACACAGCAUGGAGGAGUGUGAGGCUCUCUGCACGCGCUUGGCGAUCAUAGUGAACGGGCGCCUGAAAUGCCUGGGCAGCAUCCAGCACCUAAAGAAUAGGUUUGGAGACGGCUACAUGAUCACGGUGCGGACCAAAUCCAGCCUGAAUGUCAAGGAGGUAGUGCGGUUCUUCAACAGGAACUUCCCAGAGGCUGUCCUCAAGGAGAGGCACCACACAAAGGUGCAGUACCAGCUGAAGUCAGAGCAGAUCUCGCUGGCUCAGGUCUUCAGCAAGAUGGAGCAGGUGGUGGACAUCUUGGGCAUCGAGGAUUAUUCCGUCAGCCAGACCACCCUGGACAACGUGUUUGUGAACUUCGCUAAGAAGCAGAGUGACAACCUAGAGCAGCAGGAGACCAGCCCGGCCUGUUCAAUGGAAUCACCUCUCCAGCGCUUGCUAAACCUUCUGCUGCCCCGUGCGGCCCCUACUGAGCUGCGGGCCCUAGUGGUGGAGGAGCCCGAGGACUUGGAAUCAGAUGACGAGGGCCUGAUCAGCUUUGAAGAGGAGCGGGCUCAGCUCUCCUUCAAUACCGACACGCUCUGCUGAGGAGUGGAGAGGGUGCGACCCCCUCCCUUGGCUUUUGGAACCACCAUGGACUCCGCCUACCCCCACCCCCCUCCUUGACAUCUACCUUCCUUGGCCUUCCCCCCACAACCUCCAUCGAACCUCUCGUCUAGCGGUAGUCGGCAACUGCAAGAGGCAGGUGGUGAGAGGGCCCAGCGCCCAAGCAUCUGAUCUGGGCAAAUUCCGCGUUGGUGGCUGGCAAGACCUGCGGAAAAGGAACUGCUCGAGUUGGUGGUGGUGCCUGGAUUGUGUCUCCAAGGAGAGCGGAAAGGCUUGCUCAAGGGAGCAUUUUUCCGGAAGCGGGAGAAGAGGCGGAGACCUCCCGAGCCCGGAAGUUGUCAAUUGGGAUGGAACUCUGGUGUUUUAAGAUAUGAUAUCUUUAUUGUCAUUGUCCCCUUGCGGGAACAACGAAAUUACUCGGUUGCUACAUCCACUCCGAUAAAGCAUUCCGCAUAAUCCAAAAUUACUACAAAACCUAAUUAAAAACAGUAAAUAUAAUACAAAAUAACAAGUCAAAUAAGAUGACUUCAAAGUCCAGGCUUUCCAUUUAAGGCCAGAAUCGCUCUCGAGAAGAAACUGUUCCUGAGACGGCUCGUUCUUGCCUGCAUUGUUCUAUAUCUCCGUCCUGAUGGCAGGAGCUGAAAGAAAUGGUGACCAGGGUGCGUUGGAUCCCUUGAUAUGUCUAGUGCUUUUCUAUGGCACCUGGUGGUGUAGAUUUGUUCUAAGGUGGAGAGUGAGCAGCCAAUAAUGCUCUCUGCUGUUUUCAUAAUUCUGCACAGCCCUGCUCUGUCCUGGGAAGUACACCUUCCGUACCACACACAUAAACCGUACGUGAGCACACUCUGUAUGGCACAGGGAUAGAAGGCAAGCAGCAGCUUUUGUGGAA